UAACAGCUUGGGCUCAGUAUCUGGCUAGUAGGCCCACCCUGUUUGGUACAGAGUCUAAUAACACCGUUAUUUCCGGGCCUGGGCCCGGGCCCACUUCCCAAUCUGGCACAGACUGGUCCUUCUCACCCACCCCACUCUUUAUAACUGCUUCCCUACGAAGAAACCUCAAUCCCAUCACACUACAUCACUCUCUCUUUCUCACUGUCUUAAUUUUUAAAUUUUUUUGUAUUGUCUCAAUCAACUAUGGCUGAGGAAGUUCCAAAGAAAACAACAAUAGCAAUAGUCCAAGAGACACUGCCUCUUGCCGAGCCCGAGCCCGAGCCCAAGUCCAACCCAGUGCCCGAGGAAAAGCCCGUUGAAAACAAGACUGAAGAGAAUGCGGCUGAGACGGAGGCAUCAAAGCCCGGGGGUGACGAGAAAAUGCCCGAGUCGGGCUCGUUCAAGGAAGAGACUACCAUCGUUGGCGAGCUACCUGAAGCUGAGAAGAAAGCACUUCAAGAGCUGAAAGAGCUUAUUCAAGAAGCACUUAACAAACAUGAAUUCUCUUCAGAUUCAACUCCUACUCUUAAUCCACCAGAUGAACAAAAGCCCGAACUCACACCAGAAGCAGAAUCACAACCACCUGCUGAAGAAAACAACAAGAAAGAAGAGCUGAACAACGAACAAGUAUCAGAAACAGAAUCCGUUGUUGCUGUUUCAACCGCCGAUGAUGACGUGACACCGUUACCACCACCAACAACAGUAACAACAACAACUGAAACUGAGAAACCUAACGAAGAAGGAGAAAAGGAAGAAGAAACCGAGGUGGCUGCUUCUUCUAUAGACGAAGACGGAGCAAAAACGGUUGAAGCGAUUGAAGAAACCGUAGUAGCGGUCUCUUCAUCGAUUCCAGAAGAACCAAAAGCGGUGGAACCUUCUUCACCGGAAGUGGUUUCAAUAUGGGGGGUCCCACUGCUCUUAGACGAAAGAACCGACGUGAUUCUGUUAAAGUUUCUCCGAGCAAGAGACUUCAAAGUGAAAGAAUCCUUCACAAUGAUCAAGAACACAAUCCGUUGGAGAAAAGAGUUCAAAAUCGAAGAACUGUUAUUCGAUGAAAGCCUAAACGAUGAACAUUUACAGAAAACUGUUUACAUGCAAGGACACGACAAAGAAGGCCACCCUGUAUGUUACAACAUUUACGGAGAAUUCGAAAACAAAGAGGUUUACAAGAAAACAUUUUCCGAUGAAGAGAAGAGACAAAAUUUUCUGAAAUGGAGAAUUCAGUUUCUGGAGAAGAGUAUCAGAAAGUUGGAUUUUAACCCUGGUGGCAUUUCCACCAUUGUUCAGGUUUAUGACCUUAAGAAUUCUCCUGGACCUACCAAAUGGGAGCUUAGACAAGCUACCAAACAAGCCCUUCAAUUGCUUCAAGAUAAUUACCCUGAAUUUGUAGCCAAACAGGUGUUUAUCAAUGUGCCAUGGUGGUAUUUGGCUGUGAACAGAAUGAUAAGUCCUUUUCUUACACAAAGAACAAAAAGCAAGUUUGUUUUUGCUGGACCUUCUAAAUCAGCUGAAACACUUCUAAGAUACAUAGCUCCGGAACAACUUCCGGUUAAGUACGGUGGACUAAGCAAAGACGGUGAAUUCGGAAUUACCGAUGCUGUUACAGAAAUUACAGUGAGGCCUGCAGCAAAACAUAUUGUGGAGUUUCCGGUUACUGAGAAUUGUUUACUCUUUUGGGAGGUAAGAGUUAUCGGGUGGGACAUAAGUUAUGGUGCAGAAUUUGUUCCAAAUUCAGAAGAAAACUAUACUGUGAUAAUCCAGAAGAGUAGAAAAGUUGGUUCAUCAGAAGAACCGGUUAUUUGCAACAACUACAAAAUUGAUGAACCUGGGAAAGUUGUUUUGACCAUUGAGAAUUCAAGCUCUAAGAAGAAGAAACUCUUGUAUCGUUUGAAGACUAAAACUUCAAAUUCUGAUUAGGAAAGUUUCAAUGUUUAUCAUUUAUCAUUAUCAUAUGUUGGAGCAAAUAUAUAUUCUUUUUGUUUUUAAUUUACUAUUGUUUUUUGAGAUGAUAUUGUGUAUUUUGAAUUCUUAUAUUGAUAUAUGCAGAGGACUUAUUGGUCUA